AUGGAGAAGGACUGGGUCCCUGGGAACAAUGUGGGGUCUCUUGGCUGUGGACUGUGUAUAGCCUCUAGGAGCCUGCUACAGUCUGUUGAGGAAGCCCUAGAGGAAAGGAGCCUGACCAUCCGGCCAGCCUCAGAACUCCAGGAGCUGGACUCCCCAGACGAUACCAUAGGAACCAUCAAGCGGGCCCCAUUCUUGGGGCCAUCCCCCCCUGAGCCUCCAGCUGAAGACCCUCUAUCCAGCCCCCUAGGCCCUAACAGCCCCCCACUGCUCCCCACUGCCUGGGCCACCAUGAAGCACAGGGAGGAUCCUGAGAGAUCGUCCUGCCAUGGGCUUCCCCCAACCCCCAAGGUGCAUAUGGGCGCCUGCUUCUCCAAGGUCUUCAAUGGCUGCCCCCUGCGGAUCCACGCUGCUGUCACCUGGAUUCACCCUGUCACCCGGGACCAGUUCCUGGUGGUGGGGGCCGAGGAAGGCAUCUACACCCUCAACCUGCAUGAACUGCAUGAAGAUACACUGGAGAAGCUGAUUUCACACCGCUGCACCUGGCUCUACUGCGUGAAUAAUGUGCUGCUGUCGCUCUCAGGGAAAUCCACGCACAUCUGGGCCCAUGACCUCCCAGGCCUGUUUGAGCAGCGAAGACUCCAGCAACAGGUUCCCCUCUCCCUCCCCACCAACCGCCUCACGCAGCGCAUCAUCCCCAGGCGCUUUGCCCUGUCCGCCAAGAUUCCAGACACCAAAGGCUGCCUGCAGUGUCGCGUGGUGCGGAACCCCUACACGGGCAGCACCUUCCUGCUGGCUGCCCUGCCCACCAGCCUGCUCCUGCUGCAGUGGUAUGAGCCGCUGCAGAAGUUCCUGCUGCUGAAGAACUUCUCCAGCCCCUUGCCCAGCCCCGCGGGGAUGCUGGAGCCCCUGGUGCUGGAUGGGAAGGAGCUGCCGCAGGUGUGUGUGGGGGCGGAGGGCCCCGAGGGGCCCGGCUGCCGAGUCCUGUUCCACAUCCUGCCCCUGGAGGCUGGUCUGAUGCCUGACGUCCUCAUACCGCCUGAGGGGCUCCCGGGCACCGCCCAGCAGGUGAUCCAGGUGGACAGGGACACAGUCCUAGUCUGCUUUGACCGCUGCGUGAGGAUGGUCAACCUGCUGGGUGAGCCCACGGCCACACUGGCGCCCGUGCUGACCUUUGACUUCCCCAUUGAGACUGUGGUGUGUCUGCAAGACAGUGUGCUGGCCUUCUGGAGCCAUGGGAUGCAAGGCCGUAGCUUGGACACCAACGAGGUGACCCAGGAGAUCACAGACGAGACAAGGAUCUUCCGAGUGCUCGGGGCCCACAGGGAUAUCAUCCUCGAGAGCAUUCCCACUGACAACCCAGGGGCUCACAGCAACCUCUACAUCCUCACGGGCCACCAGAGCAGUUACUGAGAGGGCCGGGCAUGGCCGGGGGCAUCCCCCCUACCCUGCCCCCAGGCCUUAGCUGCAUUCCCUUUUAGGCAAAAGGGGCCCCUCCCAGGUCAGAGGAGCCCAGGCUCUGCUGGUCUGAAGGGCAGAAAUAAUCCUGAGAAGAGUUUUGCGGGCUGGGGGUGGGGGGAAGCCCACCCCAGGCCCCCCACAAAACUGGACCAGAGGAAGCUGCUGUUACCUCCCCCUUCCCUGUGGGCAGCUCAGGCCCUGCGGCAAGGGUCCCCGGGCAGGGUGGGGGCAGGCCCAGGUGACCCAUUCCAUUUUGUCUCCACAUUUCCUUUCCAUUCUUCCUGCCAAGAGCCUGCCCCUGCACCCUGUCCUGGGGAACAUGGUAUUUAAAAGAGAGACUAUAUUGGUAUUAAAGCUGGUUUGAUUUUACUCCACUGAUCCCUCUUUGUCCGGGGGAGCUGAGCCCACUGUCUCAUCUCCCUUCUUCUUCCCUCCCUCCCUCCAGCACAUCUCUCUGUGGCACCAGGGAAGGGGGCCCCCCAGUGUUCUGGUGACUCCCUAAUGGGGGAGCCCGGCAGAGCUGAUGGAGAGGCCAGUGGCCCCCAAAAGGCAUCUCAGGGGCACUGUCUUCCCGGGCUCUCCUGCUCAGGAUGAGCCCUCAGCUUUGAAGUGUGAGGCCUCUUUUGUGGCCGAGAAACCGUGCAAAUGGGGGGGGGAGGCCAAGCUGAACAAAGGGACUCUCAUCCAGGGCACCCCUGCCCCGUUCAGGGUCUCACCAGGCAGCCAGGGCCCAGGAAGGGCCAGCCACUGGCUGCGCCACCCAGUGCCAGCGAGGCUUUGGUCUGUGGACACAGCCUGCUAUGACCUGUGUCCCCUGCCCAAGCCUGAGGCUUGCAUCCCUGCCUCCCAGCUGCUACCUAGGUAUCAGCGUGCUCCAUCAGGCCAAGACUGCAGAGUAUGGGCUCCGUCAUCAGGCUAGACUCUGGGAAGAUUAGCCUGUGUCCAUUUAACAAGUAUUCCCAGACAGCCUCCUCAGUGCCAGACCCUGGGCUCACAGAGAGGUCAGUACCAAGAUGUGGACCAGCCCCCCGUGAAGGCAGCGAUCCUUGCUGGAGCCUGCAUCUCGAGGGUACGUCUGUCUGCCCGUGGCUGACCUUUUGCUUUGCAUUGUCAUUCUUGCACUUUUCCCUCUUAGAGGGCUCCAUAUCCUCAGGCCAGGAAGCCCCCCCCUCUAUUGCCCCAGGCACUGACCAGGCUGCUCUGGACCGGAGCCUUUGGGCAGGUGAGGCCAAAGAGGUAGGAUGACCGCUAGCCUUGAAGGAGAGGUCAGGUGCACACACACGGCUGCAUAGGGUGGGAAGGCCCUGGGUCUGGGGGAAGAGCUUGAGCAAAGGCCCAGGGGUCAGGUCUCGAAUGUGGCCCAGUUAUCUUUCUUCUGAUAUUCAAGGCAACUGUUUGAAUUAAGAAUUUCUCUCCACCCGGUGGGUUGCUGGUAUUUGAUAAAUGGAUGCAAGUGGGUGGGUGGGUGGUGGAGAGAUGGCAGCUUAGGUGAAGAGCCUGCAGCGGCCCAGUCCCUACUGCCCCUGCCAGGGGCCCCGGCCAUCCCAGGUUCUUCUGUUGUCCCCUUGUCCACCCCCCCCACCCCACCCCCGCAGAGCCCUGACUGCUCUGACUCCUAGGGUUUUUUGGCUGAAAUAGAUUGUCAGACGGGGAGGGAGACAGAGCUGUACAUUGGCACUCACACCUGCCCUCUCCCUGAGACCCAAAGGAGGGUGGCAGGCACCUCCCAAGUUCUCAAAGUCUGCACCUGCCUGGAGGACGUUGGAUGGACCAAAUGGUGGAGUGACAUGAUAUGAUUCCUAACUUCCCAUUUUCCAGAUUUCCUGGUGGAGGUGUAGGACUCAGUUGAGGCGUGCCGGGGGCGGGGAGGUGAGCUCCCACUCAGAAGAGGCCCCUGACCCUCACCCCAGGUGCCCGGGAGAGGACGACCUUCCCGCCUACAAAGCAGCGGCCCGCAAAGAGCGCCACCUUGUGGCAGGUUGCCCUAGCCCGUGGCUGCCACCCGGGUCGGCAAAGGGGCUUUGAGGGAGUUGAGACCGUAACAUGCCAAAAAGUGGGAGGUCGGGGGGGAAAAGCAAGGGCUUCUGAUAAAAUAUUCACUGGCAGCACAGGCUGGCCACAAGCCAAAGAAAGACCAGGAAGCUGGGAAUUUGCACUGAAAAGACUGAAAGUGUUAUUUUAUUUAUGUAUUUUUAAAUAGGUAGCCCUUGUCCGUGGCCUGCUAUUUUUUUAAAAGAAUACAAAAUGGAUACAAUGAAAAGUCUGAACCCUUUGGUUCGAUGAAAACUUCUGAACCCUCCUGCAAGUAUUUAAGCAGUUCCGUAUGAUUUAUUCUUCUCCCCUUUUUAAAUGUGCGGUGACACAUUCCACACACUGUUCUGCUCUUACCCUUUCAAAAUCUGUUCUGGAGAGCUUUCCAUCAUCAGUGCUCCCCUCCCCUUGUUGUUUUCACAGCUAGUGGUGUUCCAUUGUAUAGCUUUCCCACAACUCCUGUUCACUCACUGCGAUUAGAUCCCUUACUGAUGUAACUGUUUCUACGACUUUGAUAUUACGAGGGACACUGCAGUAAAUACCCUUGUGCAAUAAAUACCACGCCCAUGCCACUCUGGCCAUUCAAGUGUCCUGUAGGGUGACUUUCUGGAAGCGACAUUGCUGCGUCAGAGUGGCUGUGUUUGUUCUUGUGAGAGCUACUGUCAAAUGCUGAGCUGUGUUUUCCCCAUAGAGCAAAUCCUAAAUCGGCCUGCAGGGCCAUGGGGAGGAUUGAAAAUCCUGUAAUAUACAAAAUGCAACAACACGGAGGAGCCUCAGAGAUCGAAUACUGAACUCAAACAGCAAAUCGCAUGAAACUACGCACAGUAUGGUUGCAUUUUCAAAAGCUCAAAAAAACCAGCAAAAGGAAACCAUUUACUGUCUGGUGGGACAGGCACAUGUGAUAAAACCCUGUUCGAUCAGGGGAAGAAAAAGUACAAAAUUCAAGACGAUGGUCUCGGAGAGGAGAGUAGAGGAGCGAUGAGGAAGGACCCCAGGAGUGUGCAAGGGUUUUGGUCAAAUCUUGGUUCUCAGGUUGGGUUGUGGGUUCGUGGGCAUUCGAUGUAUGUCAGUCCCUAACUCAGACAAGAUGCCACACAUCCUUUUGUAUGUAUCAAAUACUAUGUAAUAAAAUGUAAGUUUAAAUAUAA